AUUUAACAGACAAUAAAUGAUGUGAUAACAGGAAUAAUUUUCCUUGGGACUCGAUUAUACAUGCAAGAAGGAAGGAAUAAGUUGAAUAAUGAACAUUCAACAGCACUAGUGCUGCUGAAUACUAGGGCCAUUCGAGAGUACAAGUCGGUGAAGGAGAUGCACAAACCCUGUGCUGAGAAAGUAUGGGGAAACCAGUUCGCCUUCUUGGAUGUUUCAAUACCUGAAUUAACCAGUUUGGAAUCUUUGAAUCCGCUUGAUUUUGUGUGGAAAGCUCAGAAACUUAUUCAGAGACAGCGAAACUCGGGUGCUAUUUUUCUUACAGCUCGCCUUCUUGAGUGGCUCAGGAAAUUUAAAGGCCCAGAGGUAUCUUCUUUCCAACUUUAUCAAUAUUUAUAUUUGCCGCAAACUGCACCCUAUUACCAAAUGUUUUUAACAUUAAAUCCGAAAUCCGACAAUGCGGAAAACUAGAUAAAUUUAAACCUAAAUCAUCAUGAAG